AUGGUCGAGACCCUCUUGUGCGUGCACCCCUGCAACAAACCCUGGCUAAGAGGCGGUUUAAUGAGAGCAGAAUCGCUUGGGCUUAGCCCCUCUUCUGUGCACGCAGCAGGUGCAGCUCUGCAACAAACCCUGGCUUCGUGGGAACUCAGCCACCCCGCAUCCGCCCCCCAAAGCAAGCCACGGCUUGGCCUGCGCGUGCAGCGGGCGCAGCUCCCCAGCGAAGCCGGCCAAGAGGCGGCUCGGCGGGAGCGCGGCCAGCCGGGGCUCCGCCGGCAGCAGAUGCGGCGGCGGCGGCGGGGCUGCCGGCGGGCGGGAGGCAGGGCUGCUGGAGGGUGGAGGGGCGGCCCGAGGGAGGCGGUUGGGCGAAGGCGCGCGGCGGCGAGGGCGAUGGCGGGCCGGGCGGUGCCGGGGCUGCUGCCGUGGCUCCUGGGUGCGCUGGGCGGGCUGGUGGCGGCGGCCGAGGUUCCCUCGCCGGGCUCCCCGGCGGCGCAGGUGGAGGUGACGCUGCGCGGAGGGGCCGAGCCGGUCCGCGGCUGCACCCUGCAGGGCGCGCUGCUGGGCCGGGCCGGCUUGGAGCUCCAGCCGGCAGCGGCGGCGGCGGUGCGGGGCAGCCUGGUGCUGGUGAAUGACACUGACCCCAGACUGGAGGAUGACGACCCCUGGAUUGGCGUGGUUCCCGUGGAGGGGGAACAAGCAGAGGUCCCAAAGCACCACAAAGAGGAGUCUUUUGCCAGAGCUGUGGUCAACAAGAUGAAGCGGGCCCUUGUUUUGGGGGCUUCAGCCCUGCUCAUCCUUGCCCUGAACCAGAACACAAUCCGAGAGCUGGAUGUCUCCCAGGUCCUUUCAAAGCCCGUGGUGAUUGUCCAGACUUCAGAAAAUGUGACCAAACUCCUCGGGGCACUGCUGCGAGGUCUUCAGGCCACCGCGAAGAUCACAUACCAAGCAGGGCUGCUGGAGAACAUGGGGCUGACGCUGACCCUGUGGUCAACAUGCGGCCUCUCGCGGGGUGGCGUGUACGCCGAGUGGCAGGGCGUUAUCUGCACGGGAGAAAACAGCUCAAAGGUCCAGAAAUACCUCCAGCAGCUGUGGAACGCCAUCCUGCUCAUCGCCUUGAUCCUGUGCACAGGUGUGAUUGUGCAGGCACAACGACACUCCCGGCACAGUCAGCUGGACCAGGAAUCAGAGCUGGAUCUCAAACAACACAUUGCACAGAAGCUGCUGGCAUUGAAAACCAGGCGUUACCACCCUGGCAGGUCACCCCACAGCUGGGCGCAUGAGAUUGACAGCUGUGCCAUCUGCCUGGACCAGUUUCAGAAGAAUCAAUGUCUCCGGGUGUUACCCUGCCUGCACGAAUUCCACCAGGACUGCGUAGAUCCCUGGCUUCUCCUGCAGCAGACCUGCCCGCUCUGUAAACACAACAUUCUCGGGAACUGUUGCUGAGACAGGUAGCAAGACCUGUCCUUCCUGCACCCCGAGGGAAGAGAGCGCCUUUCCAAGAAGCCAUGACUUACAGCAAUGUCUCUCAAAAUGUGUGGACUUCAGCUCCCAGAAUUCCCCAGCCAUCUCUUCCUAGAAUUCUGGGAGUUGGAAGUCCACACAUCUUAAAGCUGUCAAGCUCGAGGAAAGCUGCCCUCCAGUUAUGGACCGUCCCUGGGCUUGCCUUGGGCCACACCAGGACAGGAACCACGGUAGUUAUUGGUAAACAAUGCGUUCAUCUCUCCUUUGGCCUGUUUGUGCAUCCUCUCCGGCCAUCCCUGGACUGAAAGCCACGCCCUCUUUGGUGUGUGCGUGUGUGUGUUCUCCGAACAUUUUGUGCAGCUUGGAUCUGAGCUGGGAUGAACUUGCCCUUCUGGGGAACUCACCUGAGGCCUUCAUCUUGUGAAGGAACGAAGACGAGGGCUGACAAGCGAGGCUUCCAACUAACCCCCUUUUUGGACAAUUUGCAAGGGACACACAAGAGUCAGCUGGUGGGGUGAGAUGAGAGGGAGGUUUGAAAUGUUUCCUUAUUUAUACUAACUUAUUUGAGCAAGGGCUGUUGGAGGUCCUGGGAUGACACCUCAGAAAGAGCUGAGAUAUCCCAGGCUUUAUUGAGAUGUAUAGAAGCCCCUUGUCCUAAUUAAAAUAAUUC